GGUUUGAGAAGAGGGGGUGGGUCCACUGUCUGUGAAGUUAACAGGAUGUCAGAUUUCCUGUUAUUGUGGGGUUAUUCUUCGUUUUAAGGUUUCUGAACGAGCCAAAUGUAGAAAUACGGCUGGAGUUUAAACUGUCCCUAUUUUUGAAAGUUCGCAGAUACUGAAACUGGGUCACUGAAGAAGCGGACGGAGAGACAAAGACACACGGUAGAAACAAUGACGGCUAAGAAGAUGCUUUGUGAAAUAUUGAAUGAUUUGACUCCAGAGGAGCUUGACAAAUUCAAAUCACUCAUUGAAUUGGAGAAAGACAUCCCACCCAUCUCAAGGAGUCGGCUGAAAGCAGCAAACACACAGGACACAGUGGAGCUGAUGAUGGAGACGUACAGUGAAGAGUGUGUGGAGUUGACCAAAAAGAUUCUAAAGAAGAUGAACAGGACCGAUCUGGUGCAGAGAUUAUCAGACACUGGCUCAGGAAGCAAAGAGAAACAGCGGCCUUCACUGAUCCAGAGAGUAGAAACAAUGACGGCUAAGAAGAUGCUUUGUGAAAUAUUGAAUGAUUUGACUCCAGAGGAGCUUGACAAAUUCAAAUCACUCAUUGAAUUGGAGAAAGACAUCCCACCCAUCUCAAGGAGUCGGCUGAAAGCAGCAAACACACAGGACACAGUGGAGCUGAUGAUGGAGACGUACAGUGAAGAGUGUGUGGAGUUGACCAAAAAGAUUCUAAAGAAGAUGAACAGGACCGAUCUGGUGCAGAGAUUAUCAGACACUGGCUCAGGAAGCAAAGAGAAACAGCGGCCUUCACUGAUCCAGAGAGUGGAAACAAUAGCAUCUGUCAUAAAGCAGCUUUUGGAAACACUGGCUGGUAUGAGUGACAAGGAGCUUGAGAAGUUCAAAAAGGUCCUGAGUCAAGUUCACCAACAUGAACACUUCUCAAAUAUCCAACGGAGGCUGCGAAAUACAACAGACGUGCAGGACGCUGUGUUUUUAAUGGUGCAGAUUGAUGGCCAACAGUCUGUGGAGACGACUAAGGAGGUUUUAAAGAAGAUGAAGAGGACUGAUCUGGUGCAGAAGUUAUCAGACAGCAGCUCAGGACCCAAAAAAAAACACUCUGUGGAUGAACACCUGUCUGCACUGAUCCACAAAGUGGCAACAGUGAGGGCUGUCAAAGAGCUGCUUUUGGAAACACUAGGUGAUUUGAGUUACGAGGAGACAGAGAAAUUUCAGUGGUUGCUGCAGUUCACGUUCUUCCAGAGGAGCAUUGAACUCCUCUCAUGGGGUGAACUGAGCCCUGCAGACACCCCAGGGAUCCAAGAGGAGAAGACUUCCAUGAUACACGAUGUGACUGAUGUGAUGUUGGAGAGAUGUGGUCAACAGUCUGUGGAGGUGGCCAUGGAGGUUUUGAUGGACAUGAACAGGACUGAUCUGGUGCAGAGGCUGUCAGAGACCAGCUCAGGACACAAAGCUGCAGGAUCAUCAGCUGAAGCUUUUGGUGUGAGUACCAUGGAAGGAGAGAAACACUGUGUGGAUGAACAUUGUCCUGUACCGAUCCAGAGGGUGGAGACGAUGACGUCUGUCAUAGAGCUGCUUUUGGAAACACUGGCUGGUUUGAGUGACGGGGAGCUCGAGAAGUUCAAAAAGGUCCUCCUGAGUCAGACUGACUUCAGCGGAGGCCUCUCAGACAUGACACUGAUGCUGCCAGAAAUAAAAGACAGGCAGGUCACAGUGUUUUUAAUGGUGCAGAUUGAUGGCCAACAGUCUGUGGAGAUGACCAAGGAGGUUUUAGAGAAGAUGGAGAGGACUGAUCUGGUGCAGAGGUUGUCAGACAGCAGUUCAAGACCCAGAAAGCAACACUCAGAUGAACACCGACCUGCACUGAUCCAGAAAGUAGCAACAAUGGCAGCUGCUACACAGCUGCUUUUGGAAACUCUGAAUGGUUUGAGUGACAAGGAGCUCGAGGAAUUCAAGGAGUUCCUGCAGUGGAUUAUCUUCAGAAAGUACCAAACAGAAAUGUCAUCACCGUUCAGACUCACAGAAGACAGAACAGAAUUAGUGGGUCUGAUGUUGGAGGCUUACAGCCAACAGUCUGUGCAGUUAACCAGGGAGGCUGUAAAGAAAAUGAACAGGACUGAUCUGCUGCAGAAGUUUUCAGACAGCAGCUCAGAACUCAAAGAGAAACACCCUGUAGGUGAACAUCAACCGGAAGUGUUGGGGGAAGCAGCAGCAUUGGAAGCUGUGAAGAAGAUUCUUCUGGAAACACUAAAAGAUUUGAAUAAGAAGGAGCUCAAGAAAUUCAACUCAUUACUGCAGUUCACGUACUUCCAGAAGGGCCUUCCACUUACCUCAUGGAGCAGUCUGAAGCAGGCAGGCAGUGCAGCAGCAUUAGUGAAUCUGAUGGUGGAGAACCAGCAGUCUGUGGAGGUGACCAAGGAGGUUUUCAUGGACAUGAACAGGCCCGAUCUGGUCAAGAAGUUGUCAGUCAUCAGCUCAAAAUUCAAAGAUUACAACCCGACAGUCACAGUUUUCUCCCCCAAAGCGGCCCUGAUGAAAUUUGGCUUUUCAGUGAAAAUUAACUGUGUGGUGUUAAUAUACAAGUCCUACAGACCAUUCCUCACAUUCCAUGUUUACCUGAUCCCACAAGAUCCUGCUCUACAACAGGAAGUGGACAAGAGGGAAUUAUCUUGUGGAUUCACACAAAUCCUAAAGCCACAUCCAGAGAAGCCCCUGAAAAUGCGUGAUUGUUUCAUCCUAACAGCAGAUGUGGAUGGUGCAAAAAUUUUCCCUGAAACAUUAGAGCUCAGAUAUGACAGCACAGAUCCAAACUUCUAUGAAGUGGUCGUUAAAAAUCCAGACAAAAAACCAGACUUUAAGCUCAUGCUCACACCAAAAAAUGGGCAUCAACCAGUUUGGACCUGUGAAAUUCGAAAAGAUGACUACCAAAGGAGCACUGGUCCUUUACAAGUGAAAUAUCAGUCUGAACCGCUUCACAAGGAAGUGACACCACUAAUGAAGAAGUUUUUGGAAACACUGAAGGAUUUAAGUUAUGGGGAGCUCAAGCAAUUCAAACAUGUCCUACAGCGCACUAGAAUGACGAAAGGCCUCCCAAAAAUCUCAAGUCAGAGAAUGGAGAUGGCAGAAAGAGAUGAAAUAGCGGAGCUGAUGGUGGAGAUCUAUGGCGAGCAGUCUGUGGAGGUGACCAGGGAGGUUUUAAUGGAGAUGAACAUGACUGAUCUGGCAGAGAGGUUGCUAGAAAUCAGCUUGGGAUCCAAAGGGCCUUCAGGAAGCUCGGAGCAUGAGGGUUGUGGAAGUGUUACGCAGGACUCCAGUGACUGGACUAAACUUGACCCUGAAGUGAACUGUGCAGAUGCUGAUGAGGCUCCAACUUACAGCCUACAGUCUGGAGCAGGAAACUUUGAAUGCAGUGUCUCUGGCUUGCGCUGGGUCUGUAAGGAAAAGGUCAACUUUAAGUACCAGUUUUGCUCUUUGAGUGGACACUUGGAGAGGAUUGAAAGCAUGGAGUACAUGCCUGCAGGUCCCCUGAUGGACAUCACAGUCAUUGCUGGGAAGUUAGAUGUAGUGUACCUGCCACACUGGAUCUGCAUAGAUGACAAUCCUAAAAUAUUAGACAAGUUUGCAGUCCUACACAUAGAUGACUGUGGAGAUGCUGUGGAAAAAGUGUCUGAGGUCACAUCGUCCCAUGUCAAGCUGUCUGAACCAGUUUUCUCUCUGAAAAUGGUCCUGGUGAAAUUAGGCCUUCCAGUUGAAAUAUGCUGUAGGGUGUUAAUAUACAGCAAGGUCCUCACAGCAUCAUCUCAAACAUCCCUCACACUUCAUGUUUACCUGAUCCCUCCUGAUCAGGAUCUAAUACAGGAAUUGGACAAAACGGAAACAUCUGAUAGAUACAAAGGAAUCCGAAAGUCAAAUCCAGCGAAGCCCCUGAAAAUGCAUGACUGGUUCAUCUUAACAACAGAUCUAGAUGGUGCAGACAUUUAUCCUAAAGGCGAGGAACCCCAGACAUUAAAGCUCAGAUAUAACAGCACAGAUCCAAACUUCUAUGAAGUGGUCGUUAAAAAUCCGGACAAAGACUUUAAGCUCAUGCUCACACCAAAAAAUGGGCAUCAACCAGUUUGGACCAGUGAAAUUCUAAAAGGUGAAUGGCAAAGCACUGGCCAUAUACAAGUCACAGAGACAGCUGGACAAUCCUCCAUGCCUGGUCCAAGUUACAAGAAACACUCAGUGGACAAACACCAGGAAGCAGCAAUCACAGUGGCAGGAGAGAAGCUUCUGAAUAUGCUGAAAGAGUUGAAAAGUGAAGAGUUCAAAGAAUUCAAGUGGCGCCUCCCACGCAUCACAGAGAGCCAACGGGAGAACACUGACAGGGUAGACCUGGUUAAUCUGAUGCUGCAGACCUACACCCAAGAGUCUGUGGAGGUGGCCAAAGACAUUUUAAAGAAAAUUCCCAGGAAUGAUCUGGUGCAGCUGUUGUCAGACACCAGCUCAGGGUCAGAAGCUGCAGGAUCAUCAGCUUGAGCAUCUGGUGUGAACACCACAGAGGGAGAGAAACUCCGUGGAUGAACAUCCGUCUGCACUGAUCCAGAAAGUGAGCAGAGACACAUCUGUCUGACUCUACACAACAUUUAAUACAUGCUGACUGGAAUUCAUCCUCACCUUGAACUGAUAAAUUAUGACACAAACCAAAAUUGGCAUCAUGAUAAACCUGUCGCAGACGUGAGGCUGUAUUAAUCUCUGCAGCAACAGUGAUUUCUUCAGUAAUGUAAGGACACUGUGAUCUCCAGAAUCGAGGAGCACAAGAGGAAACAUGAGUUUUUUAUUCUUUUCAGUCAAACUGAUUUUUCCAAAGUUUUUAAAAGAUUGAUUGAUUGCUUUAUUUUGAACAUAUAAAGAGUUAAAAAUAGAAAAAAAUAAAAAAGAACCCAACAACAAAACAAGACAAAAGGAAAAAUAAACGGAAACCGAAUAGCUUAGAUCUGUCAGUACCAUUUAAAUGUUCAAAAAGGAGUAGGAAGAAGUAAAACUUAUUUAAACCUACCCCUCUACCGCCACCCCGUUUUAAUCUUAUAUCAUCCUAUCCAUGAGUCAGAUAAUAAGCACAUAUAUACAUACACAUAAAUUCAUUACAAUACUCUGUGUGUCAACCUUAUAUACGUACCCGCAUAAAUAUCUAAAUACUCUAUACGCCCACCCUAUAUAUACCUUCAUUUAAAUCUGUAUGCCCAUACACACCCCCUUACAUGCACAUGUAUAUACAUACUCAUACACAAGAAGUAUAAAAUAAUUGUAAAUAUUUUUAAGGAUAAAAAUCCUCAUAGCAACAGAUCAGGUGGCUCAUUUAUUUUUUUUCCAUCAGCACAGUGAGUGAAAAGAAAUCUAUUAACCACUUUACAGAAUUAAAGGAGUAAGGGGGGUAAAGAGAUCUUCUUUUGCUCUGAUGAUGUUUAAGAAGUACAAAAACAUAGCACUAUUUCAUGUUACAUGUAAAAAUGGAACAAAUGUAUUUAUAUAAAAAAAAAAAACUAUGACGAUGGUUCACAGACCAUCUGAUGGUGUAGACAUUUGAACCAGAAGCUGGUCGAACACUUUAUUAAAGCAGGAUGUAAACAUGAGUGAAGUGUGGAGGAGCUUACAGGCCCACAGGGUUCCUAUGUUUAUCUUGUUUGGUUUCAUUUAAUUAUUUCUUUAAAUCCCAUUUGUAUGUAUUUUUAUAUUUACAUUUAUAAAAAUAUAUUUGUAUUUUAUAUUUCUGUCUUUUAUAUGAAUGUACUGUGUGCUCUUAAUUCACUAGGUUGUAACAAUGAUGGCUGUUAAGUUUUUACUGGAGGAGGGUGAUUCACAGUGUUUUCUAUUUUAAAAUAAAUUCCUCUGAUUAUUAA